CUCCAGCGGCCCUGCUCUUUACCGCCGACGGAGCGGGGUCCCAGCCGCCACUUCUAGGAAGCGCCCCCUCCCCCCGCCGGCGGUGCUCUCCGGGUGUUGUUCGGGGCUGGGCAGGAGCCCAUCUCGAUCUAGGUUAUCUCCGGUCUCCGCGAGUCUCCCCGCCGCCCAAGGAUCCACUCCCACCGCCUCUGCCGCCUUCGCCUCGGCAGGUCGGGCCGGUCUGCGGCGGGCUCCACCUCCCGGCCGGGCGAGCGUCGGAGUCUGGGGCGCCCGGGCCCUGCAGCCGCGCUCCCAAGAGGGUUUGGGGCUGUCUGUCUGCUCUCCCCUCCGUGAGUCAGAAACAAAGGAGGGCGGGGGGGGGGGUGGGAAGCGCACCGGCUGCGGCUCCGCGAUUCGCCCUUUAUUCUGAACCCGCAACGUCAGCCGGGCCGCUGCAUGGCCGCGCGGGCCGGGCCGCCCACAGCGCGCGGGGCCGGGCGGCGGGGCGCUCGGGGCAGGGGCGCGGGCGGCGGCAUGGAGGGCGCCGGGGGGGCGGGGAGCGGGCGUGCGCGUGUGUGCGAGCGCCGGGGAGGCCGGCCUCUAGUGUAACCGGAGCUACAAAGAGGGGGAGGUCCGCGCGGGCGGGCGGGCGGAGCGGCGGCGCCGGGGGCCUCUCCGCCACCUCCCCCGGGCAGCGGCGCCUCGGCGCGGCCUCGACCCCCGACGCGGGGCGGCCCCUCGGCGCCUUCCCCGCGCCCGCGCCCACGGGAGCCAUGAAGAAGAACAAUUCCACCAAGCGGGGGCCUCAGGAUGGAAACCAUCAGUCCGCGGCGCCCGAGAAGGUCGGCUGGGUGCGGAAAUUCUGCGGGAAAGGGAUUUUCAGGGAGAUCUGGAAGAACCGCUAUGUGGUGCUCAGAGGGGACCAGCUCUACAUCUCUGAGAAAGAGGUCAAAGAUGAAAAAAAUAUGCAAGAGGUGUUUGACUUGAGUGACUAUGAGAAGUGUGAAGAGCUCCGGAAAUCUAAGAGCAGGAGCAAGAAGAAUCAUAGCAAGUUCACUCUGGCCCACUCCAAACAGCCAGGCAACACGGCACCCAACCUGAUCUUCCUGGCAGUGAGUCCAGAAGAGAAGGAAUCAUGGAUCAGUGUCCUCAAUUCUGCUAUCACCCGAGCCAAGAACCGCAUCUUGGAUGAGGUCACUGUUGAGGAGGACAGCUUUCUCGCCCACCCAACACGAGACAGGGCAAAGAUCCAACACUCCCGCCGCCGCCCAACCCGGGGACACUUAAUGGCCGUGGCUUCCACCUCUACCUCGGAUGGGAUGCUGACCCUGGAUCUGAUCCAGGAGGAAGAUCCCUCUCCUGAGGAGCCCACUUCCUGUGCCGAGAGCUUCCGAGUGGACCUGGACAAGUCUGCUGCCCAGCUGGCUGGUAGCCGGCGCAAGGCAGACUCAGAUCGGCUCCACCCCUCCUUAGACCGCUCCCGCGGUCUGUCCCGGCCUUGGGAGAAGCCAGAUAAGGGACCCACCUACACCCCCCAGGCCCCCAAGAAGCUGACCUCCACUGAGAAAGGCCGCUGUGCCUCCCUGGAGGAGAUCCUGUCCCAGCGGGAUGCCACUCCAGUUCGUCUCCUCCAGCCAAAGGCCACAGAGGACCCCCAGACAACCCCUGUUCUCCCCCACCCGGGUCAGCUGUCUCGGAUCCAGGACCUGGUAGCCAGGAAACUGGAGAAGACUCAGGAGCUGCUGGCAGAGGUUCAGGGACUGGGAGAAGGCAAACGAAAGUCCAAGGACCCCCCUCGCUCUCCUCCAGACUCUGAGUCAGAGCAGCUGCUGCUGGAGACAGAGCGGCUGCUGGGAGAGGCGUCCUCAAACUGGAGCCAGGCCAAGAGAGUGCUGCAGGAAGUCAGGGAGCUGAGGGACCUGUACAGACAGAUGGACCUGCAGACUCCCGAUCCCCACCUCAGACAGACCACCCAGCACAGCCAGUACCGGAAGAGCUUGAUGUGAAGGACAACUGGGACAGAGCUCGGGGAUUGGGGAAGGGGGUAGACAGACUCUUAUCUCCAAGUGUUGCAGGAGAAAGCUUUUUUAUUUACCUCAGUUAAAAAAAAACACAAACUCA